AAACUCUUGUUAAAUGUAAAAUAUGUUUGUUAAGUUGAAGAACUUGAGAAUUGAAGUACAUUCAACAAAAUGAUCUUAGUGAGCAACAUGAAUCUUAUUCAGAAAAAAUAUGACUAAAUCUUUGUUUUAAAGUGUAGUUUUGAUGACUUUAUAUACACAUACCACUAUAUGCCAUUUAUAUAAUAUCUAUUGCGUGUUAAACGAGCUUAAACCUACAUUGUACCCCGGAUUUCUUUUGUGCGAUCGGUUGCUUCGGGCUGUUUUGCAUUGAAACCUGAUAAGUGUCUACCUGCACAAUGCCCACGCCCGCUUCACACACAAACAAUUGUGUCCGUCCUGUCUCUGUGGCCACCCGUCGUUUCACUCUCUUUUAACCACAGUUGUGGUAAAACAUGGCAGGCACAAACAUAUCUGUGGACAAAGAGCAGUUCUGCUGUUCGGUGUGUCUGGACGUGUUGUGGGAGCCGGUCACUAUACCGUGCGGUCACAGCUACUUUAUGGAGUGCAUUAAAGGUUACUGGAGAAAAUGUGAUUUGAAAGAAGAGUACAGUUGCCCUCAAUGCAGACGGACCUUCAGCCCCAGACCUGCUCUCUCCAGAAACACCAUGCUGGCUGAUAUCGUAGAGAAACUGAGAAGACCGGGAGUUCAGUAGAGUCGCAGUGAGGUGGUGGUUGACGAGUGCGACGUUUGAGUGGGAAAGAAACACAGAGCUGUUAUGUCCUGUGUGAAAUGUCAGACAUCGUACUGUGAAAUCCACCUGAAAGCUCAAAACGAAAGGAACCGGGGGAGAACCCAUCAGUUCAAUGAAAUCACGAGACAGCCGCAGAAAAUAAUCUGUUCACGUCAUAAUAAACCGAAGGACGUUUACUGUCGCACCGACCAACAGUGCGUUUGUAGCUCGUGCUUGAAGGAUGGGCAUAAGGGGCACGACGUCGUUUCAGUGAUGGAGGAAAGAAUGGAGAAACAGAAACGGCUGGAGGAAGCUUGGAAGAUGUCAAAGCAAAGGUGUAAAGACAGAGAAAAGGAGCUCAGAGAUAUUGUGAAAUACGUCAAGCAUUCUUCACAAGCAGUGGAAGAAGACAGCGAGAAGAUCUUCGUCAGACUGCUGCGCUCCAUUGAAAAGAAACACUUGGAGGUGAAAGAGAUGAUCAGAGGUGUGGAGAGGAAGGUUUUAGGCCAGACCGAGAAGCUUCUAGAGCGAUUGAAUCAACAGAUAACUGAAUACCAGAGAGAGGAGGCCGUUCUAGAGAAGCUCUCAAACACAAAUGAUCACGUCUAUUUCCUACAGUUGAUGAAGACCGUGAACGGUCAUCUGAAAACUCACAGAGUUCAGUGGUGAACAUUGAAUAAGGUAUUAUCUUAAGCACAUAAACAUUUACUACAAACUAAACCCAAGACCAGAGGAGACUUCUUACAAUGUAAGCCUGAUUUUAUAUCAUUCACCACUGAUGCAAGACGACUAGAAAAUCAUAAAA